AUGUGCAAUGUCACAAAGAAUUACUACAUUUACGAGCAUUGCAACGACCCCGGCUUGCACUUCACCCGUACAUCCAUGGACGGCGAUAAGUCAAGAAAGUGUCCCCAGGGUCCUCAUGAGAGAUUCAUCGUGCAACCGGGCAGAUGCCCGUUGUGCCAUCCAUGA